AUGAUUUCUGUGGCUGUGAUAAACCCAAUGGCUCCAAAGAGGAGAGGGAAGGCAAAAGCCGGCCAGGCGGCAUCGGUGGGGUCCUCGAAGUACCGGGGCGGCACCGGGAAGAAGACCAGCAAGGAGGCGAAGUUCACCAUCGUGAACGGCGUCAAGUGGAACGAAAAGGAGAAGUACCAGUUGUUGGUGACCAUGCGGAAGCACGGGGUCACCAACAUGGACGCGCUGGUCAAAGCGGUCCCGACGAAGACCAAGGCAAAGAUACAGGACUUCAUUGCAAGUUCCAUGCGCUAUGCUCGGAUGAAGAAAGAAGUCGAAGCCAAAGGAUACCAGAAGAUGCCGGCCGUCGAACAGUGGCUGCGAAUCAUCGAGGGACAGUGCCAGACCCUGACCAACUACAACUUCAGCCGUCUCAUCGGAGACGUGAUGGAUCUCGUGAGCAGCAAGUUGCAGCUGCCCUCCGUUCAGGAAGCCGGUGGAAUCGACUUCCCUCUCCUUUACAAAUACAUGGGAUUUGCGUUCCGGGGUGAACCUCUACCAGACUUGCCUCCUCCAACUGCCCUGUUUCUUCUGCAAUGUCUCGACAUCUUGGGCAGCACCAUGUUGAAGCUGGACUCAGAAAAUGCAGAGAAGUUCCUCUUCUCCUUUCGCUCAAACGUGGAGAGUGCUAAGAGAUACGGCCAGGACAGGAGAGACGCAGACGAGGGGAAAGAGCCCAUCACUGUGUUACCAGAUUUUGAUCUGUCAUCAGAGGCAUCAACAUCCUCUGCAAAUGGGUCAACGGUGGGAAUGGACGCUUUUGGUGACGAGGCACCGACCGGCACGAGGAACGCCGUGCCGACGACGUUGCGGGCCCGAGCUUCUUCUCGUGCUGCUUCUACUGGAAGAUCUUCGCUCCCUACGUCGGCCCUCAGUCGAGACAAUCUCUUGUUGAUGGGACUCACUCCACGCGAGCUGAGGAGGAAGCUCUUGGAGGAUGUUCUUUCCUACCCUGGCAUGAACCCUCUCAACAUCCCCAUCGAAGUGUACGAAGGAGCCGAGCGUGAACUGCCGUCCAUCAAGGAGGUGAAAGGUGCCAAAAAUGCUUACAGAUCGGUGCGUUCUGCCACGUGCGUGAAAGAAUCCGCAGCACCCGACGUCCCGAUGGAUGCCGAGGACGAGGCGAGCCGUCGACUCGAACCCGACGAGAACGCGGUCGACCGAGAGAUGGGUACGCCUGACGAGCGGUGUGGUGAAAUAUGAAUGCUUCUGGAGAGGUAUUACAAGUCAUUUCAAUAAAGGCAAUUCUUAAAA